AUGAAGGAUUCUGAAAAUAAAGGUGCCUCGUCCCCAGACAUGGAGCCCAGCUAUGGGGGAGGCCUCUUUGACAUGGUGAAAGGAGGUGCCGGCAGGCUCUUCAGUAACCUGAAAGACAACCUGAAAGACACCCUCAAAGACACAUCUACCAGAGUUAUACAAUCUGUUACCAGCUACACGAAAGGAGAUUUAGACUUCACUUAUGUUACCUCCAGGAUUAUUGUGAUGUCCUUUCCUCUGGACAACGUCGACAUAGGAUUCAGGAAUCAGGUUGAUGACAUUCGGAGCUUUUUGGAUUCUAGACAUCUCGACCACUACACGGUGUACAAUCUGUCGCCCAAGUCCUAUCGAACUGCCAAGUUUCACAGCAGGGUUUCAGAAUGCAGUUGGCCCAUUAGGCAAGCCCCCAGUCUGCACAACCUCUUUGCUGUGUGUCGGAAUAUGUAUAACUGGCUACUGCAGAACCCCAAAAACGUCUGUGUUGUCCACUGCUUGGAUGGACGGGCAGCAUCGUCAAUUCUGGUUGGUGCUAUGUUCAUUUUCUGUAAUCUCUACUCAACUCCUGGCCCAGCUGUUCGAUUGUUAUAUGCAAAGCGACCAGGAAUCGGACUCUCGCCAUCCCACAGGAGGUACCUGGGCUACAUGUGUGACCUCCUAGCAGACAAACCCUACCGGCCCCACUUCAAGUCUCUCACGAUUAAGUCGAUCACUGUCAGUCCAGUCCCCUUUUUUAACAAACAGAGAAACGGAUGUCGCCCAUACUGUGACGUGCUGAUUGGAGAGACCAAAAUAUAUACGACCUGCGCAGAUUUUGAACGGAUGAAAGAAUACCGUGUCCAAGAUGGGAAAAUCUUCAUUCCCUUGAGCAUCACUGUGCAAGGAGAUGUGGUCGUUUCCAUGUAUCACGUGAGGUCAACCAUCGGGAGUCGGCUACAGGCCAAGGUGACCAACACUCAAAUAUUCCAGCUUCAGUUUCACACUGGAUUCAUACCACUGGAAACCACUGUGUUAAAGUUCACCAAGCCUGAGUUGGAUGCAUGUGAUGUACCAGAAAAAUAUCCUCAACUAUUUCAGGUGACUCUGGAUGUAGAACUACAGCCCCAAGACAAAGCGGUCGACUUAACCCCACCCUGGGAACAUUACUGCACGAAGGAUGUCAAUCCCAGCAUCCUCUUCUCGUCUCACCAGGAGCAUCAAGAUACACUGAUCUUAGGAGGACAGCCUCCAAUAGAUAUCCCUCCAGACAACCCCAGGCAUUUUGGGCAAGGUGGCUUCUUUUCCACUCUCUGUUGGCAAGAUCAGAAAUCAGAGAAAUCAUUCUGCGAGGAGGACCACGCCGCCCUUGUGAAUCAGGAGAGUGAGCAGUCGGAUGAUGAACUCCUGACCCUUUCCAGUCCCCACGGCAAUGCCAGCGAUGACAAGCACCAUGAUACCAGAAGGCCCAGCAAAAAGCAGCAGGAGCCCGCUGCCCCUCCUCCCCCUGAGGACGUGGACCUGCUGGGCUUGGAAGGGUCUGCAGUGAGUAAGAACUUCUCCUCACCAGUGGCUCCUCCCACCAAUUCCGAUCUGCUCGGUGACCUGUUUGGGGCUGCAGGUGCGGCCGGCCCUGCCCAGGCUGGACAGUCCGGGGUAGAAGAUGUGUUUCUCCCAAGUGGACCUGCUUCUGCCCAAUCAACACCACGCCGGUCUGCCACCUCCACCACCGCGUCGCCAACCCUACGAGCGGGAGAAGGUGCCACCUUUGACCCAUUUGGAGCACCUUCUAAACCAUCAGGCCCAGACUUGCUGGGUUCUUUCCUGAACACAGUCAGUGCUUCCAGUGACCCCUUUCUUCAGCCUACGAGAAGUCCUUCACCUACAUUGAUGGCUUCAAGUACACCUGCUGUGAAUAUUCAGCCAGAUGUUUCAGGAGGUUGGGACUGGCAGGCUAAACCAGGAGGUUUUGGAAUGGGAAGCAAGUCAGCUGCCACCAGCCCAACGGGAUCCUCACACAGCACUCCCAUCCAUCAAAACAAACCCCAGACUCUGGAUCCUUUUGCUGACCUUGGGACACUAGGUAGUUCUUCAUUUGCCAGCAAACCCACCACACCAACCGGACUGGGUGGGGGAUUUCCACCUCUCAGCUCACCACAGAAAGCUUCUCCUCAGCCUAUGGCUGGAGGGUGGCAGCAGGGAAGUGGCUACAACUGGCAGCAGACACAGUCUAAGCCCCAGCCCAGUGUGCCGCACGCCUCUCCCCAGAACCGGCCCAACUACAACGUGAGCUUCUCGGCCAUGCCUGGGGCCCAGAGUGAACGUGGGAAAGGAUCCACUAAUUUGGAAGGGAAACAAAAAGCAGCUGACUUUGAAGACCUACUUUCUGGUCAAGGUUUCAAUGCACACAAAGACAAGAAGGGGCCUCGAACAAUAGCUGAGAUGAGAAAGGAAGAAAUGGCUAAGGAAAUGGAUCCUGAGAAAUUAAAGAUUCUGGAAUGGAUUGAAGGCAAAGAGAGAAAUAUCAGAGCACUUCUCUCCACGAUGCACACUGUGCUGUGGGCUGGGGAGACCAAGUGGAAGCCAGUCAGCAUGGCAGACCUGGUAACGCCAGAGCAGGUGAAGAAGGUGUACAGGCGGGCUGUGCUGGUGGUGCAUCCAGACAAAGCUACUGGGCAACCCUAUGAACAAUAUGCAAAGAUGAUUUUCAUGGAGCUCAAUGAUGCCUGGUCUGAAUUUGAAAAUCAAGGCCCAAAGCCCUUGUAUUAA